GGCCGGGCGCGGCGGCGGGAGGCGGGCGCUGUCCAUGGCCCUGCCGAGCGCGGGCCGCCCCGGGGUCCGCCGCGCCGCGGAGCGGAGCGAUGGGCAACACGGUGCACAAGACCCUGGCAGACACAAGCCACCAGACCCGCUCCGUCUCCAGCCGCCCCUACUACAGUUUGCCCAACAGCAGCCAUGAGAGACGCUCGGUCCUCGCUAUCACGGAGCCGCCACGUUUCCAUUCCCAAGCCAAAGGCAAGAACGUGCGUCUGGAUGCCCACUCCCGCAAGGCCACACGGAGGAACAGUUUCUGCAACGGGGUGACCUUCACUAACCGGCCCAUCCAUCUCUACGAGAAAGUCAGGCUGAAGCUGGUGGCUGUGCACCACGGCUGGAGUGGAGCCCUGCGCUUCGGCUUCACCAUUCACGACCCGUCGCAGAUGAGCUCUGACGAGAUACCAAAGUACGCCUGUCCGGACCUAGUGACCCGACCUGGAUACUGGGCCAAAGCUUUGCCAGAGAGGUUUGCUGUGAGAGACAAUAUUUUGGCCUUUUGGGUUGACCGUCAUGGGAGAGUCUUCUACAGUAUUAAUGAUGAGGAGCCAAUAUUGUUUCACUGUGGUAUUAAAGUUUCCGGUCCUCUCUGGGCACUCAUAGAUGUCUAUGGAAUUACCCAUGAAGUGCAAAUCCUAGAUAGCAUGUUUGCAGAGACCAUGACCACUGCCCGUCUCAGCACCGCCCGCCUCAGCACUUGCCUUCCACAGAGCAACCAUGAUUCAGCCAACUUCAAUAACAACGAACUGGAAAAUAACCAAGUGGUGGCCAAAAUUGCAAACCUAAACCUAAGUCGGGUACCAGGACUUGUGACAGACAACCACAUCAUCCCCUGUUGCCCAAACCGACGGCAGCAUGCCCAGGGGGUCCCAGCCUUCCUGGACACCGACCUGCGGUUCCACCCCACCCGUGGACCUGACAUCACCUUUUCUCAGGACCGGAUGGUUGCAUGCACCAACUGGCAGGAAAGCAAUAGGACUUUGGUGUUUUCUGACCGGCCUUUGCACAUUGGUGAAAGCCUCUUUGUGGAAGUAGGACAUCUUGGGUUGCCAUACUACGGGGCCCUUUCAUUUGGCAUCACUUCUUGUGAUCCGAGUACUUUACGGACAAAUGAGCUCCCGGCAGAUCCAGACUUUCUCUUGGACCGCAAGGAGUACUGGGUGGUUUACCGAGCGUUCCCGGUCCUCAACAGCGGUGACAUUCUCAGUUUCAUGGUCUUGCCGAACGGAGAGGUGCACCACGGGGUGAAUGGAGCCAGCCGAGGAAUGCUAAUGUGUGUGGACACCUCACAGUCUCUCUGGGUGUUUUUUACAAUCCAUGGUGUGAUCAACCAGCUCAAAAUACUGGGCACUGUGCAGUCCAGCCCAGUGACCGUCUCUCCCUCAGGAUCCCCCGGCGGCUCGCAGUACGACAGCGAUUCAGACAUGGCUUUCAGCGUCAACAGGUCGUCGUCUGCUUCGGAGUCAUCGCUGGUGACUGCUCCCAGCUCCCCCCUGAGCCCCCCCAUCUCUCCCAUCUUCCCCGCUCCGGAGCCAUCAAGCAGCAAGAACGGGGAAUGCACCGUUUGCUUUGACAGCGAGGUGGACACGGUGAUCUACACCUGCGGACACAUGUGCCUCUGCAACACCUGCGGUCUUAAGCUGAAGAAGCAGCUCAAUGCCUGCUGCCCGAUCUGCCGACGGGUCAUCAAAGAUGUUAUUAAAAUAUACCGCCCUUAGUGCCCGGCUCGGGCUGUAGGAAGGGGGAACGCCGCUAGCAGUAACCAUGCCUUUCCGUCCCUGCUUAUGGGUUAUUGUGCUGGUCAGUUGUUAUCAAGUGGCUCGUUAUCUGUGUUUCCUUAUUUGACUGGUAGGGCGCAAUUCAGGGAUAAAAUUGAGCUGAGGAUCAUGUGGGGCCCAAAGGCACGGCUGCCGUGCUGGCCAGGCUGUGUGCCCAUGGGCAAAUCUGGGGAAUCAUGGUCUGGACCUGACCCCCCUGCAAAUGAGAAAUUUCCCGUGCAAAGGCUCUUUUUUUUCCUCCUCCUCUGGAGGAGGCUUGCUGUGGUACAGGUCAGGAAGGAGAGGUGGCCACUUGGUCAGUGCCGGGUGCCACUGGGCUUCCUGACCCCGAAACCCCAACAGCUCUGGGCUGCUGCCGGGUGCUUGCGCUGUGGUGGAUCAAAAUUAGGACGAGACCCAGUGGGAGGGUUCAAAGUAGACAAAACUGAUCUGGACACGUCAUGUUCACCUGUGUGAGGGGAACUAGCUAAGGCCAAAACAGUAGCACAGCCAGAUUCUCACUUGUUUGGGUUUUGCCCCCCUGAACAGGCUUCUGGGGCAUACGGAGAAGCUGGUCUGACUUAGAUAAAGCAGCUUUUGCUUUCUGUGGCAGAACAGGGACUUUUGGCCAAGGAGCUGAGACCUGGGGAGCAGCCACAGGCUAGCAGUGAGGAGCAUGAGCCCACCGAGAGCCCCAGCCAACCCAGCUACUGCUGCUCUCUGCAGAUGGAGCAGUGGGCAGCGGCGAUGGGCUGCCAAGGCACUGCCCGUGUGCCUGGCUGCUGAAGCCAUACAUUGCAGCCUAUGGAUGAGGGGGCCAUUUGGAUGGGCACGCUGCAAUCCUGGCUUAGAAAAAAGCGAGGGGCUACUGCCGUCUGCAAUGACGGUGUUUUCCGCCUCCCGGCACACGUGCCUGCAUUUUGCUCUGCUCCUCUUCACAGGCAGCAUCGCUGCCGUCUCGCACCGUCCGCCUGGCUCAGCUCCCCCAGCCCUUCUCCUGCAGCCAGCACUGCAGCAGGGCUCAGCCUUCCUCCUGCCCCAUCACAGGGACUUUUUGGAGCCUGUGGUGAGAAAUUAAUUUCUGACUUAGUCCCAGCAGACUCACUUUUUUUCUGGGGACUGCGUAUGUGCUGCUUUUACCUGUUCUUUCUCCUGCCUUUGCAGGUUUCCCAGCACGGCUCCCGGCUGCCCAGACACUGGGUCCCAACAGUAGAUGAGAACUUGUUGAGAUGAACAGGGAUCUAUCUUACUUGGCUUUCCUUGGGAGGAGGAAAGAAAAAGGCUCUGGGGUUAUUAUCAGGUGCUGGGACUUAAAAGGUAAAUGGGUUUCAGCUGUGAUAUUCCAGCUACAAGGACUGGCAACGGGGGUAGGCUGGGCAGCAUCUGAGCAUGCAGCAUUGGGGCUCGUGUGAGGAGCUCUGUGUCCUCCUCCCUGCUCCUGCAGGAGCUGUGCUCUAUUCUCUACCCUCUGCCCACUUGCAUGGUUCUUGUGCAGUCCUUCAACCUCAGCUUGGCUGGUUUCCAGCUGGUCCAGGUCAAAGAGAGGGGAAGAGAGAGGGUGCAAAUGGAAGGAUGAGAGAGGGGCUGCUGUCAUUCUAGCUCGGUGACCACGUGCCACCAAGUGCAUAAGAAUGGCUUUCUUCAGAAAUUGCAAUUACUGCAUUUUAGUCCAAAAAAGAACAGCCACCCCUGUACAUUUCAGGGCCUCUGGGCACGGAGGGGCAGCCUGACAUCUUUGGUGUCUGUUACCUUGCCUCCCCAUUCACUCUCUCCUCCGAGGUGCCGGUAGCUGUGGAUGUGCUGCUGCCCCUCACGGCGCUGCUGCCCGGGCGGUGGGUUCAGCGGUGCCAGCAGUGCUGCGCUUGGUUGCUGACCGGCACUCAGCCCCCUCGCCCGCUCUGCCAUCAGGGAGAGCACACUCCGGGGAGCAGCUCAUCUUCCUCCCACAGCGCAGCAGGCUGUGGCUGCCAGCUCAUGGGGCGUGGAGAAAACCUUUUUUUUUUCUCCUUGAAGAGCUAAUUAACAUUUUAAUUAAGUGUAUAAAUGAGAGGCUGCUGUAGAGUGAGAUCUCUCACCCUUUGCCCUGCUGUAUCAUCACGAGAGCCUGCCAGCUUUGCAGAGCCCUUUUUGGAAACUCGGCUCAUGCCACUGGCUGUGCCACCGCUGAGCAUGCUCAGCCCUCAGCAGAGCCACCAGCACCGUGACUGCAGCACGAGUUCACUUACACCUUUGCAAAAGGAGGCGGUGAGGGCAGCUUUCCAGCAGCUGGAGCCUUGCCUGGACCUCCAGGCUGCCCUCUGACCGGGGACUGCAGACCUGCCUUUGUAGGGACCUUCCCAGUCCCCUGUUUUUCAGAUCAGGGUCUGGCUGCAGUCAGUGGGCACUGCACUAAGAGCACAGUGACGGCUAGGUAAGUGAGCAUGGGAUGAAAGACCAGGUGGGUUAGCACCUGCCUGGUGAACGGGCUGCAGUGGGAAGCCGUUGCGUGAUGAGGAAUUCAAGGAAGUUGUCUGAAUCCACAGUGAGUGAUGCUAGCUUGAGUCAGGUCUGGGCUAGCGAAUGCCAGUGGCCAUCCCUGGGGCUGUUGUCCCACUUUCAGGGGUGCCUGGUCUGUUUCAGUGGCUGCACACAGCUAUGUGUGUUGUGCCAGAGCAGAGCCCAUUUGCUCUGCUGACACCUCAGGUCCUCAAUGAGUGGGGCUAGUUGCAUGCCUGGGGUGGUGUGGUGGGGUUUUUGUGUUUGUUUUUUUUUAAGUCAGCAAGGAGAAAUACCAAAUCCACCCCAGCUGUGUCCAAGCUGUUCAGGACACUGCAGCCAGAAGCUGACUUUUUGCUGUAGCAGCCGAGACUGGUUUCUAGAAGGGCAGCAUCCAGCAGGGCCAGCAAGGGAACCAGCUCAGUCAGGGUCCGGAGCCAGCCGUGCAGUGAGCAGGAUGUGAGAGCAGUGGACAUGUCACCCUGCUUAUCUGAGAGCAAUGGGAAUUUUCCAAAAUAGGCCUCUUAAAAAAAAAAAAAAAAGAUUUCCAGGAAAAGGUAGCCUCUUACAGAUUUAAUUGUUAGUACUCGUAUUGCUAUUUUUUUUAAACAGUCCAAUGAUAUAUGAUUUGUACAGAAGAUCUGUUUGUGCCUUAUAAGGGUGUCUGUGCACUUUUUAUCCUUUUUAAAGCAACUUUUAAAAAGAAAAAAAAAUCAACCAGGGGGAGAAACCAACACAGAUCAAUGGUAGUUUUAUAGAAUUUUGUGUUCACGGAGAAUCUUGCUUUUUUUUAAAUAUAUAUAUAUAUAUAUAUAUAUGAGUGAAAAGUGUUUAUUUCCAUGGAUUUGCCCCCCUCUCCUCCUAACGUAUUUGUUUAACAAUUGAAAAAGAGGAAGCAAGAGAAAAAAAAAAAAAAAAAAAAAAAAAAAGAAGAGAUGGGGGAACUCUUUUUACCUUCCCCCUUUCCAAGACAGUUAUUCUCUUAUCGUUACCUUUAUGAUUCAAUACUGUGACCUGUACAUCAUGUUUAAGCUGAAUCAGAUUUUGGACCUCUGUAUUAGGCUUUUCAAGCAAAUCAUCUGGGGGACCGGGGCGGGGAGGGGGGAGGGCAUCGCACGAGGGAGGGAACUGCACUUCUACCUGUCAGUGCUCUAUAGUGUUGUGUUCAGUGCUGUGUGUUUUACUUUUGUCCAUUUACCUGUUUUACAUUAAUAUAAUUUUACUUGUUUAUGAAACAAAUAAAACCUUGGCUUGUAAA